UACAUUUAAAAUUGUUUUUAACUUAGUUCAUCUGUUGGUAAUGUGCAUGCGUCGUCUAAUGUCUCUCCGUCUCAAAUGAUCCGUAAACAUAACCUGUGAUGAAUAUUUCAUGUUCGUUCGUUUUUUGGAAAUACGUUAGCAUGUUAGCGCCGGAGUGUCACACUCACAGCAAGUAUUUAAUGUAGGGUUGAGCCUCAUAUUCGACAUUAACAAGUAUUCGGCACCGAUAAUAUACAAAUAUACAAGUGAAACGGUGCGAGACCUGUCCUUAUUAUUAUGGAAAAAUAUGUGAACAGUGGGAACAUUAUACCCGGGUCAACCCGCCAAUUUACAUGACGUCGCGACUCAUACAAGAAGCUUUGCUCGCACUCAAUCAACCUGGCACAACAUUAAUAGACAGCGAGAUAGCAAAAAAAAACACUGACCACCGCCGUAGUGUAUGGACUAUAUUUUUUAUGUUGAGUUAGAUGCGGUAUAAACACGUAGUGAUAGGUGAUUGUUUUCAUGUGUAGUGAUAUGUGUGCCGUUACACUCUGUAUCCAUGGCAACGCGCAGCAGUGGGGGUGGGGUGAACGGUCCCGCAGACUGAAAUUGUAAAACGACUUCACUGGUCUCCGUUGAAAUCUACGACGUCACUCUGUCCAUUUCUUUUACUGUCUAUGUUUUUUUUUUGGGCCAAUGGAAAAGGAGCUCUAUGCCGAAAUGAGAGUCAGAUGGCCUGCCCUUUUUACUGAAAGACAGAUCGCCAAGGAAUUCACCAGGCUCACUUCAAUGGACAUCAAUAAAUUCUAUGAGGGUCUGGACAGCCAUCUGCAUAAACUUCUUCAGUUAUUCCGGUUGAAGCGCUUCGAGGAAGUUCAAGACAUGACAUCCUUAAUGGAGAGUCUCGACAAGGAUGCAUCAAACCAAAGGAAGAGAGCAGCAGCUUUGCAGGGACUGCCAUGGUACAUGAAGGAAAAUCCUUCUACAUUAAUGAAGAGAUGUGAGCCAACAGAUCCUGGGGAGGACUUCAUCAAAGGAAUGGUGAUUGGAAUCCUUUUGGUUGUUGAAGAUGUGAAAGAGCCCCUUCCAGUUUCCUACAACGAUGUUGCCAUUGUCAUUGAGGAAAAGAUUGUCAUGCGUCAUCUUGGUGAUGUACCCAAUGCUUUUGUGAACCUGAUGGGCCUGCUGUACAUGCUGAACCUUGACUAUCCAAAAGAGAUGAAAUAUACUUUUGAGGUGAUUCAGCGCCUGUUCAUGGGAAUCGGGUCUGAGAUGUGCACUUCCAGGGUUCACUCUCUAAAGAAUAAACUGCUCAGUUAGAGGGAUAACUCAGGAGGAUGUUUCUGCAUUUGGCCAUGAGGAAGAAUUCUAAUUUUCUUGCCGUUUGCUAAAAAAGUUUGUCGAGACAAACUUAAAGUUUAAAUUAGUUUAAGUUAGCUUAAGUUAGUUUAAAGUAGUUUAUAGUUUAAAGUAGUUUAAAGUUUAAAUUAGUUUGAAGUAGAUAGAAAAACGAGUUUGUUAGUUUAAAUUUCACACACAGGCACGCUCACUAACUCUCUCUCUUUCACACACACACACACACACACAUGUUGGGUUUACAUGUUUUAUGGGGACAUUCCAUAGGCGUAAUGGUUUUAUACUGUACAAACCGGAUUUUCUAUCGCCCUACACCUACCCUACACCUAAACCUAGCCCUCACAGGAGACUGUGCACACUUUUACUUUCUCAAAAAAACUCAUUGUGCAUGAUUUAUAAGCCUGUUUCCUCAUGGGGACCUCACAAAUGUCCCCACAAGGUCAAAAUU